AUUCAUCAUCAGUUAGCCCAUACCAGCUAUUACUUUGUAAUGGCCUUGUGCUGCCUUGCCAUCAUGUAGACAUGAGCUUCUUGGGUUGACGCCGUCUUGUGUUGAGCAAUCUUGAGAACAAAGAAAGGAGCUGUCUUAUGUUGAGCUGGAUUGAAAAACAUGUAACGCCUAGCAUAGGUAUGGGAUUGUGGGCAAAGAAGUACCUCUGCAAAAUCUUAUGUAGAUAUUUCAUAAUGAUUGGUAGACUAAUUGUGUCUUGCAUUGCCUACAUAAAUUUGAAGAUGCCACAAAUUAUCAAACAAACUUACUUGCACAUCCAGGCGACCGUCGUCGAGGACCUUCCCAGCCCCGAACUCUCCCAAGGUCAUCCUGGCAAGGUCCCCCCCGCGUCUGAUGUUCUCUGCACUGAGAACCAGGUAGAGCGUGUUUCAGUAUCUAGUGGACUGUUGUCCUGUUAUCGUGUCCCCUUUCUCCAUAGCUUGAACAAGACUGUCUAAGACACCCUCCGCUUAAUAUGAAAACAAAUGUCAUUCAUUCCAAGAUUAAAGAGAUGUUAAUGAGACUUCUCCGUGGCAUUUUUUCUUUAUUCCUUUUUGUUUUGAAUUUUUUACACCAUAACAUUAACUAACUACUCAAUAUGCAACUUUCCACCACAUAGAAUUUUAAAAUAUUAAGUUUGAGAAUCCCAUUUUUAUAAUGGAG